AUGGCCAACUCCGACAACAUCCCGCCGUUUGUGGAAAAUGUGCCGGUCGCUCGUGAACUCGGGAUUCUUUUUGCUUUUCUUGUGCCCUCGCUGGUGAUUAUCGCGGUUUAUGCUCUUUUAUGGCGGGUUGUCCAACAACGGGGCGAAGAACGUGAUAGGCUGCGUCGAGAGCAACUGGUCGCGCAGGGAGUGCAUCAUGGUCGUGGAGGUCUCCAUGAGACAAUCCUCGAUCACGAGAUAUUAUUCAUGGCCGGCGCAGAAGCGUACCGGUUAAAGAGCACACAUUCGCCCUCGUCUGCUUCGGCGGUGAACUCGCAUUCAUCCCACACAGGGACAAACGGUGCUGCUAGCCGGCUAAGAGAUAGAGUGAGAUCGUAG